UGUAGAGGGGCUUCGGUAGCUGGUAUGUCCUCAAAGCCCCGGAAUGCUCUCAUAGGCUAAACCGAUCCCGUACCGGGUGCAUGCUCUGCGAUCUCAUUUCUCUGAUGCAUUUCAAAGAAUCUAUCAGAAUACGGAGUUGACAUUUCUGAUAAACGAAUAGCGUUAAGAGCGAUCAGAUUCUCCGACCGGGAAUUAUUUAGCGUGAGAGAGAAAGAGGUCAUAUGAACUGCACAGGGCUAGAAGUGCGUCUCACGGAAAUCUUGGGUUGCCGAUCUGACGGAAACACGUGCUAUUCGGUCUCAUCUGCGGCAACGAUGCUUUUCCACGGUCUGCCUGGAGGCGAGAUGCAUGGUGUUCUGGAAGAAAUGGAGCGGAGAGGAAAGAGCGACUCGGCGACUAUCAGCUCGGCUAUAGAUAUGGGGGAAACAGAGACGAACAUGCCUUCCAUGAGCGGGGACCGGCUGGCUCUGUGCGCGGGCUGCGGAGGAAAGAUCUCGGAUCGCUAUUACCUGCUCGCCGUGGACAAGCAGUGGCACAUGCGCUGUCUGAAGUGCUGCGAGUGUAAACUCAAUCUGGAGUCUGAGCUCACCUGCUUCAGCAAAGACGGAAGCAUCUACUGCAAAGAAGAUUAUUACAGAAGGUUUUCGGUACAGAGAUGUGCCCGGUGCCACCUCGGGAUCUCGGCCUCGGAAAUGGUCAUGAGGGCCAGGGAUUUGGUGUACCACUUGAACUGUUUCACCUGCACGACUUGCAACAAAAUGCUGACGACUGGGGACCACUUCGGCAUGAAAGACAGUCUGGUGUACUGCAGGCUACACUUUGAAACGCUCAUCCAGGGAGACUUCCCCACGCAUUUCAAUCACACGGAUGUAGCGUCUAAUAAAGGACUGGGCAGCACGGGCCCUCUAGGACUGUCUUAUUAUAACGGCGUGAACACGGUGCAGAAGGGCCGGCCCCGAAAGAGGAAGAGCCCUGGGCCCGGAGCGGACUUGGCUGCUUAUAAUGCAGCUUUGAGCUGCAAUGAGAAUGAUGGCGAUCCGAUGGACAGAGACUCACAGUACAGCUCCAGCCAGAAGACAAAGCGCAUGAGAACGUCAUUUAAACACCAUCAGCUGAGGACCAUGAAGUCGUAUUUUGCCAUCAACCACAAUCCUGACGCCAAGGAUCUGAAACAGCUGGCCCAGAAAACAGGUCUCACCAAGCGCGUCCUACAGGUCUGGUUCCAGAACGCUCGGGCCAAGUUCAGACGAAACCUCCUGCGUCAGGAGAACACGGGUGUGGACAAGGCUUCGGACGGGUCGACCAUGCCCGGAGGAACACCGUCCGGACCCGCCUCGGAGAUCUCCAACGCCUCCAUGAGUCCGUCCAGCACCCCUACCACCCUCACAGACCUGACCAACCCCACGAUGCCCACCGUCACCUCCGUACUGACCUCUGUGCCGGGCAGCCUGGACGUUCACGAGUGCCGGAGUCCAUCGCAGAGCACCUUAACCAGCCUCUUCUGAUGCUCACAUUUGCACAGAGACACGUCUGCAUCCUCAGAAGAACAUUCACGGGUGCGGCGUCUCAACAGCCAUCGAAAUCGGAAACCGCGCUCUCGUUCGCAUACUACAUUUGUCUGAUACGUAAACCAAUCUACAGAUGUGGACAAUCCAGACUUUACGAAUGGAGAAAAAUCAAGACUCAGAAACUCUUUAAGAGCGUUGCAUCUUCUGGCAUCUGGAUCUGUUGAUAAUAGUCUUUGAAAGGACUGAUUUGCAUUUUUACUUCUCCAUGCGUUUCCCCCAACCAUGUUUACAGAGAGAGACUGAGCUGCAGCUUACGGGAAACUCAUUUGUUUGUUAUUUAUGUUCAUGCACAGAGGGGUCAGUGUGAGGAAACUGGAUUAUAAUGUGAAUAAUUACGAGAUGAGAACAGCGACACUUAGCCUGACUGUCACGUGCCUUAUCCUGCAGUGUAGUCACUGAAGCCCCAACCAACUACAUCGGAAAAUGUGUAUUUUAAUUUGUCGGAUGGUUGAGUAAAUCUCAUGCACAGACACACACACACAUGCAUACAGAGGAAGAACUGAUCAUUUACUCUCAUUCCAACAUAUUACCUCACUCAGAAAUCACUGGAUCUGAUAGUAGUACGUAUGAAACCUGAGAACACAAUCUCACGAGACGACAAACGCACUGGGAGGGAAAAUGGCCGCGGAGAAGACAAACCUUGAUCGGAGGAGCGUCAUCACAAACAAACACUGAUUUAUGGAAUGAAACACUUUUUUUUCCCCCUCAUUCGGUUAGGUGAUUUUUUUCUUCUCAACCAUUAAGAUGUGACAGUGUUGGAGACAGGGUAAAUGUUUCCAUGGUAACCAGAGGCUGCUUGUUGAAAUGCUGUACAGUUUUGACAGAUUAUUGAGAAAUUUCGAGUCCACUCCCUGCAGUCUCCCCUUUGAUGUAAAUCUUCAGUUCUGUAAAAAAAUAUUAAAAAAAAAAUUGAAUCACUA